GAUUCAUCAGCUGCCUACGAUGGGCUUUGACAACCUGAACUCUUUGGAAACCCUUAACCUUCAGAACAACAAGCUGCAGCACAUUCCAGAGGAAAUUGUAGAGCCUAUUUUGGAUACUCUUCGGGUUGUCGAUAUAAUGGAUAACCCGUUGAUUUGCGACUGCGAGCUGGCGUGGUACGAGGCCUGGCUCGCCGGUCUUAGGGACCGCGACGACGAAAUGAUGCAGAAGAAGCGAACCGUCUGCACCAUGCUCAACGAACACAGAGAGUACAGCGUCGCCAAGAUGCCUCUAGAAAAGAUGAGCUGCAAGAGGAAACCCGCCUACGGACGACCCUCCUCUGCAACAACCAACACAUGCCACGCCAUCAGCAUCGCAGCCAACGCACUUCUCGUUGCCCUUAACCGAAGACUCUAGAAUAACCAUUAAUUUAACCCUUCUUUAGUCCUAUUUCAGUUACGCGAAGACCAACAUUCGGGCUAGCUGUGGCCGGAUAGCCCGAACAGAAAGCCUUCGCCACGUAAUUUCUGUUCAAACUUUGUAACGUAAUGAAUUUGUGCAAUAAAUACGAUACAUAUCAAUUUUGGGCUGAUAAAACAAAAUAGUUGUAUAUUGGAGCGGUAGCUUGAUAAGGAGUGGUCUAAAGUCGAGUAAAUUAGUGUGAUACGGUAUUUUUACAUAUUAGAAGACCUCUUACGGUAUGCCUUACCUUAGAGUAAUGUACCAAGAAGUAGGUGGACACGUUGAUUACACCAAUCGUUGAUAAGUAUCACUGGGGAAGUGUCUAAAUUUUGUAAUAUAGAGCUUCGAGAAGCUAAAUUAAAUAACAGGAAAAUAAAUUCGUGUUAUCACGAAUAAUUGGUCUUUUUUUAGCACAAACUUUUAGUUUGAAAUUUACAACGCCCUUGAUAUUGAAAUUUUAAUAUUUUUUAUCAUUUACCCCCGCCUUUACGAUUGUAAUAUAGUAAGCUUUUAUGCAUUUACGAUGUUGACUAUUAUAAUAUUAUAUCUAUAAUUCUAAGCAUAAACGAGUAUGAGGUGUUUUAAGCUAUAUUUAUGUACAAUUUACAUCUAUCUCCAUCGUGUUAACACUGUUGUUAAGAUUUUACUCUUCGUUAUAAUUUGUUAUAUACCUUCGUUUAUUUUAAGAUCUUGACGGUUUCAUUUACUGACUCUACAGUGCUUCCGUAUGCUCUACUCUAUUUUAUUUUUUACAGACUUCCACUUGAAGAGUAAUAGGGAAAAAUUGAGUAGCAGAAUAAGUUUAGCGCCAUUUUCUAAAUUGCUUCACAAAAGUCGAUAUGCGUUAUUCUAAAUUAAAUAGAAACUGCGAUGAUGUUCGAUUCGAUGUAGACUAGGUGUAGGUAGUUAAGUGUUAGGUAAUUUUGUCGGAUUAAAUAUGUUGAUACGUUGUCACUAGUAAAUUUCUUGAUAUACUCUAAGAGGUAAUUUUGUGAGCCUCCUUGGUUCAGAUUUGUUUAAACAAAGCGUUUAUUCGUAAAGCUUUCAUGAGCUAUGUUAUUUUUGCUUUACUAAUUUUCUUUGAUAGGUAAUGUUUCGCAGUAAUUAAAUUGCUGUUAAAAUUUAUCGAUAUUAGGUAGUCGAGUAAUAAAUGUGACUUUAGACAUCGUUUGCUAGCCUGAUCAUUUUGCAAGUUUAAUUAUAAUCUAUUUCAACGUCGCCAAAAUAAUAGGUACUCAAUCAAAUUUGACGCGACAUAAUAUUCAACAACAAAAUAAUUGAUAGAAUACAAAGCUAUCAUUUGAUGCAUUAGGCAAGAACGUGUGAAAGUGAUAAAAUGUAACCAAAAACAUAUCCCUUAGCCUUUAUGUGUAAGAUGAUAAUAUUUAUGAAUGUGCUAAAGAGAGAGAUAAUGGUAACCAACAUUGAAUUUUGGGGUAAAAUAAUCGAUAAUACUCAGGUAUUUUCGAUUAGAAUUGAAGGAAUUUGGAAGACCAAUUAUAAUACUUUUUCUUUGUCCUCUUCCUUCUCUAGGGUCAUCAAAGUGUGAAUGAGAAAUUUGAAUGUAUUUGAAGUAUGAAAAAAUGCUGUCGAAUGUGUGUAGGACGCGAGAUCGAAUACUUUGUAUUCAAUUUACACAUGUUUACACAUUUUUUAUACACUUCCAUUUUUUCAUGUUAUCUUGAUAUUUUCACUUAUCAGUACACAAUUUACACGUUUCAGUAGAAUAUUGCACAAUUAUACACGUAUAAUUAAUAUAUUACGCACAUAUAUAAUUAUAAUCAUAAUAUUAAGAAGCAGAGUCGAAGUAACCUGAUAAUUAAGGAAAUCUCAUUAUAUACCGUCUUAACAAAAAUUGUAGUGGAAAUAUUUUAUUCUAUAUCAUAUUUUGGUGUUAAAUGUCGUGUUACAUAUUUAAUAUGUGGAAUAUAUUUACUGCUUCGUGUCUAUUUAGAUAUAAUCUGACGCAAGUUAAAAUUAAGACUGUCGCAUAGUUAGAAGAAUUGGAUAAACGUGUGUAUCUUUUACAUCAUUAUACAAGUUUCAUAACAUAUUGUAAUGUAAUAUUAUACAUUUAUAUUCCAUUUUCGACAUGGAAAUAAAAUGGGAACCAGCAUGAAACAUAUCGGGUAGGUGGGGAGCUUACGAUGAAGUUCCCACUGGCCAAUAUCUGCAUAUCAAUAUAGUAAUAAGUCAUUUUAACCUUUACCUAUAUAUCUAUAAUUGUUGUGUGUUGUAUAAUAUAUUAUUCACUGUUGUACUACUCAUUGUUGUAGCAUGAAUGAUAUUGGCUUAAAACUGUUGUAGUAUUCACUCUUGCUAUAAGUAUAUCUCGUUAUUUAUUUUGUGUUUGUGACGUUAUUAUUUGUAAUUAUUAAUGUGGUCUUCUUUGAUCUUUCAAUCAAGAUUAUGAGAAUAUGUAAUAAGUAGAUUUUAUUACUAAUGUUACGUUUUACCUAUUCAUCACAAUAAUUAAUCGAAAUUGUUAAAAAUCAGACGUUUUGAAUGGUCGUUUCGUGGUUUUUAAAGAUCUAAGUAUAUACUCAUAGAUGGGUAUGAUUGUAUUAGAAAAAUGAGAGUUUGAUGAUGGAGAUUGUAUUUAUAUGAUGCUCAUAAUACGUUUAAGAUCCUGAAUUAGACAAUUGUAGAAUCAUGAGUAUUUUAAAUCGAAUGGUAACGACAACGGCAGACCAAAGUGAAAAUUUACAGUCAGUAAUUUAGACAGUUCAU